AAAAAUGUUUAUGUUCAUCGGGCUGAAGUUACACGUGUUGUCUUUUAUUCCGUGAACGCUAUUAUUUAGCUGCUUUCAUUGUAACAGUCCUGUGGAGCCUUUGACCGGCAGGCAGGAUGAUGCGGUACUGGGGAGAGAUCCCGGUGCAGGCAGCGCCGGCCAGCCGCAGCUCCUUCGACCUCCUGCAGAGGGAGUUCCGCUCGGUGGAGAUGCAAGACCCCCCGCUGCACCAGCCGUCCGCGCAUCGCCCGCGGCCGACCACCAUGUUGGAUAUCCCGUCGGAGCCCUGUAGCCUCACCAUUCACACGGUCCAGCUGUGCCAGCACGCCCGUCGCCUUAGGGCCCUCCUGGCUGCCGCCCAAGGCCAGCCGGCUGCCGACGGCACUGGGAGGCUGGAGGAGGGGGACCCCCUGCCACCAAGGCCUCCCACACCCGCUGUGCCCGACGACCUGCUGCCACUGGACAGCAAGGGUCCUCGACAGCACUUCCAGCUGCGGCACAGUGACCCGGAGAGGGACUUCUACAAGGGUAAAGGGGAGCCCGUGACGGAGCUGAGCUGGCCCUCCUGCAGGCAGCUGCUGUACCAGUCCGUGGCCACGGUGCUGGCGCACGCCGGGUUCGAGUCGGCGCAGGAGAGCGUCCUGGAGACGCUGACGGACCUGGCGCACGAGCACUACCUGCGCCUGAGCCGGCUGCUGCGCGUGGCGGUGGACCGCGAGGCGCGCCUGGGCGCCACGCCCUUCCCCGACGUGGUGGAGCAGGUCUUCCACGAGGUGGGCAUCGGCAGCGUGCUGGCGCUGCAGAGGUUCUGGCAGGUGCGCAUCAAGGACUACCACAGCUACAUGCUCCAGGUGAGCGCGGAGCUUUCGGAGGAGUACGAGCGGCUGGUGAACCCGGAGAAGGCUCUGGAAGACUCCAAGCCCCUGAAGAUCAAGGAGGAGCCCGUCAGCGACAUCGCCUUCCCCGAGAGCGAGGAGCCCGAGGCGGACCUGGCGUCCGGGGACCAGGCCCUGCCCAUCGGGGUGCUGGGGGCCCCCAGCGAGAGGCUGGGGGCCGGUCUGGAGGGCGACAACUCGCCCCACCCCUCAGGGGCAGCGGGUAACGGCUCCCCGCUGUGGCACCUGGCCCAGGUGAAGAUGGAGCCCCAGGACAGCGAGGAGGCCCAGGUGUCCGCCCACGGGGUGCUGGGGGGCGAUGUGUUCGACGAGGGGCCCAUGUCCACCCUGAGCGAGGCCGGCAUCCCCCCCUCGCCCGGCGGGGGGGCCUCGGACGGCAGCUACGCCUCCCCCUCGCCCGACUCGCUCAUGAGCGCGUCGCCCGUCUUCAACCAGCGGCCGCGCAAGCGGACGAAGAAGAUGUGAGGGAGGCCCGCCGCGCGCCGUUCACCGACCCGCCGCAGUGUGGCGCCGCCACCUCGCGACACUAAGGCCCGGGGUUUACCGCCCUUCCCUCAGUGAAGCCCGGACGAACUGCGGUACUCGGGAGAGGCUGGUUUUGAGGAGUGUUCCUCAAGCUCCAGUCCUCCAGGGCCACACUUGCCAGAAGGUUUUUGUUGUAACCGGGAACGGACACGGCUGAUUUAGCCCCUUAUGGGCGGAUGUGACCUGCACGUUACAUCUCCCUUAACAGACUGAUGCGAUGCCAGUGUUGUAUUUGAUCAUAUGACCGUUUUUACACACACAUGACCAUUGAAAUGCAUUGUGAUUCCUAGGCCUUACUAUGGGUUUUCUCUAGGGCUCCUUAGUCCAUAAUGGGUUAAUAAAUGAAUCUAUCAAACCUGCCCUCGAUUAGUUAAAUCAGGUGUGUGAGUUCCUGGUUACAACAAAAACCUUCUGGCUAGUGGGUCCUGAGGACUGGUGUUGAGAAGCACUGGAUUAGCAAACUAGCUAGCUCCAUAACAUGGAUACAGAUAGAUUUGGUAAAAAUGCAUUAAAUGAAAACCUGUGAAGAAGUAUGUGCACAUCUGUGGUUGGCUGAGCUGAACCCAGGGUCAGACCUGCUGUCUGCAGUCUUGGAGGCAGCAGCUGCCCUCCAGGCGUCUCUGAGGGAAGGAGAGGAUCAUGGGCAACACACAGCACCAGAGGUAAACCUACAGAGGACCACUGAGACCAAAAACUCCUCGGCCUGAAUUUAAUCGACAGCUUUUGACUUAGUGCACUCUUACUCAUUACUUUUUUCCCCAUUGUAAACAGUUGGUGUUUAAUUUUGGUGAUUGCAGACUUAAAUUCUGUUUGUGAAUAAUAAUAAUAAUAAUAAUAAUAAUAAUAAUAAUAAUAAACAGAAGCUAACACUGCCUUUAAAUUGUGAGAUAAAUUUAUGAACAAAUGUUGGUUGAAUCCAGGGUCUAUUUUGUAAAUGUAGGGGAAUGAAAAAGACCUGCAUUUAUUGAGUUUUUCUACCUUUUACCCAGACAGACUUGCCGCAGAAUUAUCGACGAGUCUUGAGAGAUCCGAUUCUGCAACAAGUUGUUCAUUACGUAUUUAUAAAUGGCAGGCAUUUUUAGUUUUAUAUUACAAAAAUGAAUGUUGUAUCGCCCUAUCAGGUAGGUUAUCAUUCGGCAUGAUAAUAAACCUUUUUUUCAUUGUUCGUCUGGAGGUCCUUCCGCCCCCCUCCCUUCCCCGUUCAUACAGUGGAUCUCAGACGAAGACAUCCUGAAUAACCAAUGGGCAAAGAGACUGCUGUGGUUAGCGAAAACAAUAGUCGAUGGGAUAAGUGAUUACCGUUGCCAUGACAGCAUGCUAACGGCUAAUUCAGUUGUACACAUUAUUGUAAAUGGAGGCCUUCUUGCACUGCUGCCCUUAUUGAUUGCAUUAGCCCCCUUAACUCCACGGACAGACCCUAAUUGCUUGUCAGUUGUGCAUUUGGUAGAGACUAUUAUCUCCAUAUACAGUCACUGAGCCCUUUAUUAGGUAUUUAUUACUUUGUGUUCAGAGACGCUCUUCUGCAUUACCUUUCACCAGGGGCCAGUGUCACAAAGCAGGGUUCAUGAAUUAGCUGGAGUAAAACCCCAAAGAGCAGUUGGUUAGUUGCUACUCAAACCACCCUGUCUGGUACCAACAACCAUUCCACGGUCAAAGUCACUUGCUUUUUGUUGCUGCCACAUGAUUGGCUGAUUAAAUAUUUGCAUCAAGGUGGUGUACAGGUCUACCUAAUAAAGUGCUCACUGAGUACGCAUGCAGGGCAAACAUAUCAAUAUAAGUGGAAAUGUUCUGUUUUAAGAGAAAUGUACAUGCAAAUAGAUACCUAAAAUAGAUGCAAUAAAAUUGUCUUGCAUUAUAA